UAUUGAAAUUCUAAAUGCUAAAUUCCUUCACAUCUGAUCUUCCCGACCCGAAAAAUAUUAGCGUUAGCAUUGUCAGAAGAUCUAAAGAUGGGUUGCACGCAAUCAACGAUCGAGAACGAAGAAGCCGUGACUCGAUGCAAGGAGCGCAAGCAAUUCAUGCGAAACGCCGUCGCCACCCGCAACGGCUUCGCCGCUGCCCACUCCGCCUACACCGUAUCCCUCAAGAACACCGGCGCCGCCCUCAGUGACUACGGCCAGAUGGAGGGCCAUGGCUCACGCUCCUCCCAACCCCUUACCCAACCCCCAAUCGUAACCCUCCCUCCCUCUCCACCUCCGCUCCCCAAUUUCUUACAAACCCCUCCUCUGCAACGCGCUGCAACUAUGCCCGAAUUCUCCAUCCCCAAGUAUGAACUCAAACCUGCCGAACCCAUCCAAGAAGAAGAUGAUGAAAACGAAAUCGAAAACGAGGGCGACUCCCACCUUAUCCGCCGUGGAAGUUCCAGGACUCCUGAGCCGAAGGCUCCCCGACCACCGCCUUCCCCACCUCGUACACCCCCCUUGAGCAACCCUGACCCCCCGCUUCCACCGGAGUCCAAGGACACUCCCUAUGAUUACUUCUUCUCGAUGGACAUGGCCGGACCGUCCUUGAGUUACCCUAAUGAUAUCAGAACCCAAAACGAUGCGAGUGGCAGCAGGGAUUACGAUGAUCGCUAUCACAGGAAGGAGAAUGUCGUCGUCGUUGAUGGUGACGAUGGAAGUAAAGGUGGUACAGUUGAGCCUGAGCCUCAGAUGGCGCCGGCGGAGAAAGAGGUUGAGCCGGAGGCAGUGAAGCCACAGCCCUCGAAGAAGUCAAAGCAGGUGGUUAAUUGGCAAGUUGAUGCACCUGACUCUGUUGAGGCUAAGAAAGUGGCUAAGUCUGCCCCAAAUGUUAGUUUGUUGAAGAUACUGAAUGAACUGGACGAUCAUUUCCUUGAAGCGUCGAAGAGUGCUCAUGAAGUUUCUAAGAUGCUCGAGGCUAAUCGCUUGCAUUUCCACUCUAAUUUUGCUGAUAAUCGGGGACACAUUGACCAUUCUGCAAGGGUUAUGCGUGUUAUUACGUGGAAUAGGUCCUUCAGGGGUAUGCCUAAUGCUUAUGAUGGAAAGGGCGAUUUUGACGCGGAAGAACAGGAAACUCAUGCCACUGUGUUGGAUAAGUUGCUAGCUUGGGAAAAAAAGCUUUAUGAUGAAGUGAAGGCUGGUGAGCUCAUGAAACUUGAGUAUCAGAGAAAGGUUGCUUUGCUGAAUAAGCAACGGAAGCGGGGACCAGAUUCUGACGCAUUGGAAAAGACAAAAGCAGCAGUUAGUCAUUUGCAUACCAGAUACAUUGUUGACAUGCAGUCCCUGGAUUCAACUGUAGCAGAAAUAAACCGAUUGCGUGAUGGUCAGUUGUAUCCAAAGCUUGUGGAACUUGUUGAUGGGAUGGCCAAAAUGUGGGAGACGAUGUAUGUGCAACAUGACAAACAGCUGAAAAUUUCUGCAGACCUCAGAUCCCUUGACCUUUCCCAGGCUCCCAAAGAAACUAAUGAGCAACACCAUGAGCGUACUGUGCAGCUGUGGCAUGCAGUCGAGGAGUGGCAUACACAGUUCCAGAAACUUAUGACCCAACAGAAAGAGUACAUAAGAACUCUAUACAGCUGGUUGAAACUGAAUCUAAUCCCUAUUGAGAAUAGCUUGAAGGAGAAAGUGUCAUCCCCAUCAAGGGUUCCUCAGCCCCCAAUCCAGACCUUUCUGCGUGCUUGGAAUGACCAUCUUGAGAAGCUUUCUGAUGGGCUGGCCAGGACACAAAUCUCAAACUUUGCUGCUGUUGUUAAUACCAUCGUGGUAUAUCAACAGGACGAGUUUAAACUGAAGGAAAAAUGUCGCGACACCAGGAAGGAGCUUGCACGCAAGGAACGAGCAUUCACGGAAUGGCGUGAGAAGUAUAUGCAGCGGAAAACACCAGCUGAUGAGAUGGAGUCAGACAGGGCAGAAGAUCCAAACUAUAAGGAUCCUGUUGUGGAGAGGCAGUGUGUUGUGGAGGCCCUGCAGAAGCGAUUGGAAGAGGAGUUGGAAGACCACCAGAAACACUGUAGGCAUGUGAGGGACAAGUCAUUGCAGAAUCUCAAGAUGCAGUUGCCCGAGCUUUUCAGAGUCUUAUCGGAGUUCGCGUUUGCUUGUUCCAAUAUGUACAAGAACUUGAGGUCCAUUGCAGGGUGAGAACCGAACUGAGAGCUCAUCUUGAAGAUUUAUUUUUCAUGUAUAGCUUGCAUAUAGAUAGAUCCAUUUGUUCACUCACUUUUGUGUAGUAUUUGUUCGGAUAGGUAAAUUAUAUCUUUAUAUUUAUACCA